CAUGAAAUGCCUUCCGAAUGAAAAAUUUUGCGAUUCAAUAAUAAAUUGUGAAGAUAAAAGUGAUGAAAUAUGCAAAACAUCUUCUACUAAUCCCGAUCUAAAAAUCUGUCAAAAAAAUUCAUACCAUUGCGAUAAAAAUCGAUGUAUACCAAGAGAAUUUUACUGCAAUACAAGAUAUGAUUGCAAAGAUAAUAGUGAUGAAGAAAAUGAAUUUUGCGAUACAGCUAAGGAAUUCAAAGCAUGCGCACUGUUCAUUAAAGAAAGUAAAAAUGCGUGCAAUUUGCAAAUUGGUCUUGAAGAUGAGAUAUUAUCUCAAAUACAGGGUCCAUACUACCAUUUAAAUGACUGUGAAAAUCACAUAUGCUUGAAUGGAACUUAUGGAUGCCAAGACAGCGGCUAUUGUAUACCGGUAUCAUUGAUAUGCGAUGGUAUUACUCACUGUACGAAAGGUGAUGAUGAAAUCGAUUGCGGUUAUUACUUUUUAUUAUACAAUCGCAAGAUAUAUAUGCAAUAUGUACAUAUUAGAUCAAUUUCGGCCGAAAGGUUUCUUCCAAUGUCGAGAAGACAGUAUACUUUUAAAGCUAGACAACGUUUGUGA